AUGACGACGUCUGCAGCCACGAGCUUGAGCCUUCUGGCCGACGCGUGGGCAGACUCGUGGCGCGAUUGCGCGCCUACCUUGUGCAACGCGCCGCAAACCGACUUUGCCCCGUGUAUGUGGCACGUGGGCGCGCUCGCCUCGAACAGAAGUCUCAACUGUACGUGGCGCUACGAGGACGAUGCGAGUGACGGCGCGCCCAUCCAGUACGCGUCGACGUUGCCGAUCCCGCUCGCCCUUCACGUCCGGGCCGCGCCGCUCACAGUGCGCUGUGCCUUCAAUGCGACAACCUUGGAACGCCGCUUCGACCUGCGCACCUGCGAUAGUGUGACGCGCUACGACGUGUACCACCCGCUGCACCGAGGCGCCUUCUUGGAGCAGACUGCUCGCACACGCUAUCAAAACGCCACACGGCGGCCGCUCGAGUGCUGCAACGCCCGUGGCGUGCUCCCGGCCUUCUCCUGCGAUCUCAACACCACCAUUAUCGACGGGCUUGGUGUCUGCCAAGUCGCUCCGUUCGCCACGUAUGGCCUCUACGACGUGCACGUGCUGCAGAUCUCGGUCGACUUUGCGUACGCGUACCCCAACAUCGCGAUCGGCUUUGGCGGUUUGCUUGGGCUCGUCGCGCUGCUCGGGACCUUGGUCUGGGUCGUCCAGUUGGCCGCGCUUGUGGUCAACGACCACGACGAGACGCGGCGCAUGGAAACGAGCUACUACUACAAGGAGCUGCCAGCGUAA